ACGUUGAGGGCUCUCAGUGCAUUCCAACUCUCUCUUCAAGAAACACGACAGUCUUGCAAGUUUUCAAAGUAACGACAGCCUUCUCCAAUUAUAAAGGAGCUUUUGAAAAGCUGUGAAUAUUGUUGUCAAGAUAUUCUAAUUAAUAUGCCUCUCAAACUGGGAAAAAUUUACUACUCUGACAACUGGCCCAACGACCGACCCAUUGCAAACAGUUAUCAUCCCAAUGACGCCAAGUUGACCCUUGCAACGGACGGGUUAUCGACUGACCGGCAUUUCAUCCUGCGGAACACGGCGCCAUCUGGCGUCUAUGAUUACAUCGUGGUCUCCUUUCACAGGCUUUCCGUCCUUGGCAAGUCCCCUCUUUUGGACACCUUCAUCGAAACGAACAACUCCAGGCUGUUUGAAAAUGAAGCUUUAGAAAAUUUGAGUGAACUCCAUUUCCGUCGUAUGCUUGGGUUUUUCUACGGUAUGGACAUGGACUACAUUGAGGAUGACGGUGAGCUUGCUGCCCUCUACGAGGUGGCGAUGCUCUUCCGGGUCAAUUCCGUGGCGAACUUUUGCAUGACUAAGCUCGAUGCCAACGCCGCAGCGAGGUGGGCUGCCCGGUCACCGUCACCUGCGCCGUCAUCAUCGUCAUCAUCGGCAUCUUCAUUUUCGGACUAUUCCGACCCUGACUUUGAGGUCCUGGAAGAUGCUCAGGUGGAGGAAGAGAAUUCGGAAUCCACGAAAAUCCAGGAGCACAUUGAGAAGGAAGUUUCAACCAGUCAUCAAGAAUCCCGAAGUCUUGGAAAAUCAAGAACCUCGGAUGCCAAAACCGCGGCAAUUUCGACCUUAAAGGCAGAAAUUUUAACCGGGAUGACGGCCUCGAUUAAAUCCGAGAUCAAGCAGGAACUCAUCGCCAGCAUGAAGGGCAAACUUAAAUUGGCCAUGACGAACAACGUACACGCCAACAUUGUGCGACGUUCCCGUAUUGAUGGGAAGUUUAAGUAUCAGCUCGCCAACGAAAUUACUGCCACUUUUCGGGACGAAAUAAAAGCGAAGUUGGUAAAUGUUUUGCCAGACAAAUUGAAGAAACAAGUUAGAAAGGGGAUUUUGAAAGAUAAGCAUUUUGAAGAUAAGCUGGCCAGCGAAUUCGACCACGAUUUGCGGGAAGAUUUGAAAUGGGAAAUUACCGACGAAUUGAGAGAGAAUAUUAGGGCCAAGAUUUUAGCGGAAGUUUGUGAGAAAGAUUAAGUCGUGACGGAAAUUAGAAAUUCUAAACUUGUGGAUGAUGGUAAACUUAAUGAGAGAUUUUUUGAAAAAUUUGAAACUGUAUUUGAUUUGAUUUUUAAUGGAUUUUUUAAUGGUUUUAAUAAUUGGGGAAUGUUUCUUUUUGGAAAUUUACAUAUGUUAAUGGAAAUGUUUGUUAAAAAUUUGAAUAUGUAAUAUCGUAUUUGACAAGUUUCUUAGGGUUAUUUAUACUAUCUGUAUUUCAAAAUUUCUGCAAUUCAAUAAUAAAAACUUGGACUAAUUAUAUAAAAAAA